CCGGCGGACGUAAGAUGGCGGCGCGCGAUGACAAGGCCCGUCACGUGGGGGCGCCCUCCCCUUCGCUGCCCCCGCUGCCACUCGGGACCCCGCGUCGCUGAGAUCUCGGCCUGACUGACAGAGGGGCAAGGGAGCCCCACGGCAGCCGCGCCUCGCUCCUCUCCGCGCUCCCAGCGGCCCACAAGAAGCAAGCAUUGGCAUGGGGAGAAUGGUGAAGGAGGGCUAAAGAAACACAAACUCCAACAAAACUUGAGGAAGGAAGAACUGGAUUCUGUUGUAGUCAGUCCUCCCAUUGUGCAUAACGGCCUACAUCAGGCAAGAAACGCAACUGCAGAUGCAAAAUGAAGUGAAUAUUUCCUUUGUGUCCCACGUGUUAAUAUUUGCACCAGACUAUUUGAAGGAGCUCUGCGUCGACCUGCAAAACUGGUUUCUGCUCUGCUUUUCAGACAGGAUGAGCAAGACAAUGAGGGGCUUCCUGUUCUGCAAAACUAGUGCCGACUGCUCUAUUUAAAGCAGUUGUUAAGACUUACAUGCAAGUGUUCUAACGAAAUGAAAGAAGUCGUGCUCUGGUCACCCAAGGAGGUGGCAGAUUGGCUGAUGGAAAAUGCUGUGCCAGAAUACUGUGAACCAUUGGAACGUUUCACUGGGCAAGACUUGAUCAACCUGACGAAGGAGGAUUUUGAGAACCCCCCCUUGUCCCGUCUAUCUUCGGACAACGGGCAGCGACUGCUCUACAUGAUAGAGACUUUAAAAAUGGAGCACCACAUCGAGGCACACAAAAAUGGCCAUGCCAACGGCCACCUGAUCAUCAGUACAGAGGCCCCUGCCAGGGAAAAUGGCUUCAGCAACAAAACCAAGCCCAAUGGAAUGCCAAAUGGAUAUAGGAAGGAAAUGAUAAAAAUCCCCAUGCCAGAGCCAGAACGUUCUCAGUAUCCCAUGGAGUGGGGGAAGACCCUUCUGUCUUUCCUUUAUGCACUUUGCUGUUUCGUCUUGACAACAGUGACAAUUUCCGUUGUCCAUGAACGAGUGCCUCCCAAGGAGGUGGAUCCGCCCCUACCAGAUGCUUUUUUUGAUCACUUUAGUCGGGUGCAAUGGGCCUUUUCUAUCUGUGAAAUUAAUGGACUGAUCCUUGUAGGACUCUGGUUAAUUCAGUGGCUGUUUUUAAAAUACAAGUCUAUUAUUGGCAGAAGAUUUUUUUGUAUAGUUGGCACACUGUACUUAUAUCGGUGUAUUACAAUGUAUGUAACUACACUCCCAGUACCUGGCAUGCAUUUCAACUGUUCUCCAAAGCUCUUUGGAGACUGGGAAUCGCAUAUGAGGAGGAUAAUGAAGCUGUUGGCAGGAGGUGGGCUCACUAUCACAGGGGCACAUGAUAUGUGUGGCGACUACCUGUACAGCGGCCACACGGUGAUGUUGACACUCACAUACCUAUUUAUCAAAGAGUAUUCACCUCGGCGAUUCUGGUGGUAUCAUUGGAUUUGCUGGGCUCUCAGCAUAGUUGGGAUGUUUUUUAUCCUCUUGGCUCAUGACCACUACACUGUGGAUGUGGUGGUGGCUUAUUACAUCACUACAAGACUUUUCUGGUGGUAUCACACGAUGGCCAAUCAGCAAGUGCUAAAAGAGGCUUCCCAGACUAACCUUCUUGCACGGGUUUGGUGGUACAGGCCCUUCCAGUACUUUGAAAAGAAUGUCCGGGGCAUUGUGCCCCGCUCCUAUCACUGGCCAUUUUCCUGGCAAGUGUUGCACCUGGGUAGACAGCCUAAAUACAGCAGACUUGUGAACGAUACAUAACAGCUACAGAAAGGAGAUGGCAAGAGAACUGUCCAAAAGUGCUAGGAACUCCACAUGACGAGAUGCCAUAAAAAUUGAACUGCUCCCUCUCCUCUCCUCUAAUUUUUAACCAUUACCUUGACUUAAGUCUCUUCUCUUACCUGGUAAGCACUGUGAUAUUUUUCUCUCUCCAAAGGAUCUGUGAUGGACAACAAUAACGAAAUGGUAAAUUAUCAUGCACUGUAUACAUUUCUUGUUAAUAGGUUUUGGAUUUGCAUUGCUCAUCACCAUGUUUCUUUGUAUAUGAUGCAGCAGCAUAAACAACAAUAACAGCAACAAAAAGGCUUUUAUAUCAUAAGUUCUGGUCUUUCCAGUCUCGUCUGGGAAUAAAGCAUAUUAUUUUCUUGGGAAAACAUAAUUUUCAUAUCUCUUGCCCCAAAGAUUGGGCUGUAAGCCAUUUUCUAACAAAUAUCUAUAUGAAGGUUUAUAAAUACCUGACUAGGAUAAUAUACAGGAAUCUUUCUACCUGUUUCACUGAAGCUACAAAUGAUAGACGCAGAAAGGUUUGGUAAACUUUGAUUUUGUAAAUCUGCAGUGACAGUGUCAAAAGGUGCAAAAAAAUUAUUAUGUUGUAAAGUGAUUUUCUAAGUAUUUCCUAACUUUAUUUUUCAAAAUGAUAAGCGUAAAAAUAAAAUCUAAGAAGAUUUUUACAUGUCAGAGAAAAGAGGUAAAAUUUUAAAAAAUGCUUCUUGGGAGAGAGAUUUGUCUGUUUCUAGUGCCUUUCUUGUCUUGAUAGUAUGGUCAGUAGACAGUCUUUCAAAGCUUUUAUUUAAAUAAAGUAUUCCAUGAAACCAA